ACAGAACGUACCAGAGUCAUAUAUAUAAUAUACCUAUAUGGAGAGUUUCUAAAGUGGAAGCUGUUCCGACUAAGAAAAACAGAAUGAUAAGGGUUUCUCUAUCCUUCGGGGCUCAAGCUCGAUUCUGUGUAUUGUACGCGGUAUCUGGAACAAGAGAGAAAAUAGUAUAUCGUCGGCACCUUAAUAGUGAUACAUUCCUCCCUUUUAAACUGUCCAUAUAGAAGUAGAAGUUGAAAUAUUUGAAUUAAAAUCAAUUACAGUUAUAACAAAAAGUUACUGUGAUUUAAUUUCUAAUCAUUAUUUAUCAAUCAAAGAGCAAAGAGCUCUCGCUUUUAACCAGGUUUACUCAUAGAACAUACCCUACAUUUUAGGGUGUGUUCUGUGGUUUUACCAUAUUGUCAUAGUAAAAGACGGAUUAAUGGGGAGGUGAAGAGUUCUGUUAUUUCAGUUGGCGAUAAUAUAAAUUUCUAAGAUAAGUGAGGUUAAUGUAGUUAAUUAACUGUGAUAUAAUAAAUAAUGCUUAUUUACUACAUUCAACAUAUUGUUCCAAAAUAUAUUUUUAAAAAAAAUUCUAAAACACCGUUGGAUUUUGUUCGCCAAUUUUCAUAUUUUAGUCCAAACUAUCUAAAUACAGAAAAACAAAACUUGCCAAAACUUUUUGGAAAUUAUUGUACUAAUGUUAGAAAACAUAUUAAUGUGGGUACAAUUGGGCACGUGGAUCAUGGGAAAACAACUUUGACUGCUGCAAUAACUAAGGUAUUACAAAAAGAUGGAUUAGCAAAAUAUGUACCUUAUGAUCAGAUAGAUAAUGCUCCAGAAGAAAAAGCAAGAGGAAUUACAAUAAAUGCUGCUCAUAUUGGUUAUAGUACAAAUAAAAGAAGCUAUGCUCACACAGAUUGUCCUGGCCAUGCAGAUUUUAUAAAAAAUAUGAUUUCUGGAGUGUCUCAAAUGGAUGGAGCUAUAUUAGUGGUUGCAGCAACUGAUGGUCAGAUGCCACAAACUAGAGAACAUUUAUUAUUGGCUAAACAAGUUGGAAUAACAAAAAUUAUUGUUUAUAUUAAUAAAGCAGAUCUAGUGGAUCAGGAAAUAUUGGAAUUGGUUGAAUUGGAAAUCAGAGAAUUACUAGAAGAUUUUGGCUUUGAUGGGUCCAAUGCUCCAGUUGUGUUUGGUUCUGCAUUGGAUGUUCUAAAUGAAAAUGAUUCACAGUAUGGUAAAGAAUCUAUAAUUCAACUACUACACUACUUAGACAACUAUAUACCAGACCCUAAGAGAGAUAUCACAUCGCCUUUUAUGUUACCUAUAGAUAAUGCAUUUACAGUACCCGGUAGAGGUACUGUAGUCGUUGGUACUAUACAAAGAGGGGUAAUAAAGAGAUCUCAAGAUGCAGAACUAUUGGGUUUUGAUACUCAACUAAAAACUGUUGUUACAGAUAUUCAGGUGUUCAAGAAAAGUGUUACUGAGGCCAAAGCUGGUGACAAUGUAGGAGCUCUUCUAAGGGGAUUAAAACUGAAAGAUGUCUCUAAAGGUAUGCUGUUGAGUGCAGUGGGAUGUUUAAAAAUCACUAAUAGAUUUAAGGCUAGUAUUUAUUUCCUUUCAAGUAAAGAAGGAGGAAGAACAAGGCCAAUAACUGGAAAAUAUUGUCAACAAUUAUUUAGCAAAACUUGGAAUGUAGCCUGUAGAAUUGAUUUAGAUAAAGGUGUAGAGAUGUUGAUGCCAGGUGAACAUGGUUCAAUAGACCUCACUUUGUUAUGGAAAAUGGUUAUGAUUCCUGGACAACAGUUCACAGUCAGGGAGAAUAAUAUAACUGUGGCAACUGGUGUAAUUACAGAGACUUUACCAAGUAUUAAUAUAACAAAAAGUUUAGGUAAACUUGUACUGUAAUAUAAAAUUCAUUUGUUAA